UGCUUCUCGGCUCCCAGAGUCCUUCGCGUCACGCCUAUCGCGCCCUGAGGUCCGUUGUAGUCCGUUCGGCAUCCGGGGGAACUACAAUUCCCAGAGCGCACCGCGGCAUGAGAGCUUUCCCAACAUGGCGGAGGUGCGACUUGUGCAUCGUUGAAAGAAAAUAAUAAAGGAGGGCGAGGAAAAGGGGCGACGGCGGUUACAGCGGGCCGGCGAAACCAGCAUCAAAGUUCUGCAAAAUGUCUAAUGUACCUGAAAUCUGCCCACAUUUGGAUUCCAUAGGAGAAAUCACAAGAGAGGAGCUAUUACAAAAAUCAAAGGGAACAUGCCAAUCCUGUGGAGUUGGUGGACCAAACCUAUGGGCUUGCCUUCAGAAUGGCUGCUCCUAUGUAGGAUGUGGGGAAUCGUAUGUUGACCACAGCACAUUACAUUCACAGGCUAAGAAACAUAACCUGACUGUGAACCUAACCACGUUCCGAGUUUGGUGUUACGCCUGUGAGAAGGAAGUUUUCCUCGAACAGCGACCUGUUGUGCCCAGUCCAGCUCCAUCGAGCAGAUCAACAGAGCAGGACUCUGGCAUAUCACUUGGAAGUCAUCCAUUCAAAAUUGUUCCCAUUGCUGUUGCAGAUGAAGGAGAGUCAGAGUCUGAGGAUGAUGAGUUAAGACCAAGAGGGCUUACAGGGAUGAAGAACAUUGGAAACUCUUGCUACAUGAAUGCUGCACUGCAGGCUUUGUCCAACUGCCCACCACUCACCCAGUUCUUCUUGGAAUGUGUAGGUUUGGUCCGUACAGACAAAAAACCAGCUCUUUGCAAAAGCUAUCAGAAACUUAUCUCUGAACUUUGGCACAAAAAACGUCCUAGCUAUGUUGUUCCUACAAGUCUUGCCCAUGGCAUUAAGUUGAUUAAUCCAAUGUUCCGAGGUUAUGCACAGCAGGACACACAGGAAUUCCUCCGGUGUUUGAUGGAUCAACUCCAUGAAGAACUUAAGGAACCCUUGAUAGAGAGAGACUGUGAUUCCUCGAGUGACACAGAGGAAAAGCGAGAUGGUGACAGAAGUCCUUCGGAGGACGAAUUUCUCUCCUGUGACUCUGGCGCCAGCAGCGAUAAAGGGGAAGGGGAAAACAGAAGCAAAUGUAACUCUGACAAGCAGAUUGAAACAGAGCUGCUGAUCCAGGAUGAAUGUGGAAAAGGAAUUUCAGAAAAAGAGAGGCAAAAGGACAGAAAAUUUUCAUGUGGCCACCACAGGCUGGGAUUAGUGGAUGCAAUUGAUGAAGAUGCAGAUGUAGACACAUCUUUGAGUUCAGGCGAUGCUGGAGGUUCUGGUGAUGCCAGAACUAGUAUGGUUUCUAAUAGUCCUUGCAGAACACCAGAACCUGACAAUGACGUAAACAUGCGCCGCACAUCACGAUCUUGCAGCCCUAUCCAUCAAGAACUUCAUUCCAAGUUGUCCAGCAGCCCACCUCGAUCAAGUCCAAUGCGGGCAGUUCCGCCAUUUUCCCUCAAGAAAGCCCAACUUCUGUUGUCCACCAAGAAGAAAAAGCAACCCAAGUAUCGCAGUGUAAUUUCUGAUAUCUUCGAUGGGUCAAUAUUGAGCCUGGUCCAAUGUCUCACCUGUGACAGAAUUUCUUCCACAGUGGAAACAUUUCAGGAUUUGUCUUUGCCGAUCCCUGGUAAAGAGGACCUGGCUAAACUACAUGCAUCCAUCCACCAAAACUUGCCUGUGAAAAGUGGCACCUGUAGCGAUGCCUACACUACACAAGGAUGGGUGGCAUUCAUUAUGGAUUAUAUCAGAAGGUUUGUCGUAUCCUGUAUCCCGAGCUGGUUUUGGGGUCCUGUUGUGACAUUAGAAGAUUGUUUAGCUGCCUUUUUUGCUGCUGAUGAACUGAAAGGUGACAACAUGUACAGUUGUGAAAAAUGCAAGAAGUUAAGGAAUGGAGUCAAGUACUGUAAAGUCCUUAAACUUCCUGAGAUUCUUUGUGUUCACUUGAAACGCUUUCGCCAUGAAGUGAUGUAUUCCUUUAAAGUAAAUAGCCAUGUGUCUUUCCCACUGGAAGGUCUUGAUCUUCGACCCUUUCUCUCCAAAGAGAGCCCUUCUCAAAUUACAACCUAUGACCUUUUGUCUGUUAUCUGUCAUCAUGGGACUGCAGGCAGUGGUCACUACAUAGCCUAUUGCCAGAAUGUAAUUAAUGGUCAGUGGUAUGAAUUUGAUGACCAAUAUGUCACGGAGGUCCAUGAGACAGUUGUACAGAAUGCUGAGGCUUAUGUCCUUUUCUACAGAAAGAGUAGUGAGGAAGCAGUGCGUGAGAGACAAAAAGUCGUAGCUUUGGCCAACUUGAAGGAACCCAGCCUCCUCCAGUUCUACAUCUCCAGAGAGUGGCUGAACAAAUUCAACACCUUUACUGAACCAGGACCAAUCACAAACCACACCUUCCUUUGUUUACAUGGAGGUAUUCCUCCAAAUAAGUACCAUUACAUAGAUGAUCUGGUAGUGAUUCUGCCCCAAAACGUAUGGGAAUAUCUCUACAAUAGGUUUGGAGGUGGCCCUUCUGUGAACCAUUUAUACAUCUGUUCCAUUUGCCAAGUAGAAAUUGAGGCAAUUGCUAAAAGGAGGAAAAUGGAAGUAGACACUUUUAUAAAGCUAAACAAAGCAUUCCAGGCUGAGGAAUCUCCCUGUGUUAUAUACUGCAUUAGUAUGCAGUGGUUCCGUGAGUGGGAAGGUUUUGUUAAAGGCAAAGACAAUGAACCUCCUGGUCCAAUAGAUAAUAGCAAAAUUGCAGUCAUUAAAGGUGGCCAUGUCCAGCUUAAACAAGGUGCAGAUUAUGGUCAGAUUUCUGAGGAAACCUGGAACUACUUGUUUACUAUCUACAGUGGUGGACCGGAGAUUGCCAUGCGGCAGAAUGUUGUUCAGGCUGAUUUGGACAGCCCGCAAGGAGAGCGGAAAAUAGAAGCUGAAACUCGUGCUGUGUGAUGAUAAAGCUGGCUUAAAAUAACUGGUUGAAAGGCUAUGAUACUGAGCUGGAGGUUGUGAAAACUGCAACUUUUGCACCUGUGAGGAAUCUAUGUGAGCACUUUGUAAUUUAACUGUAGAAAUUCUUUUUUUUUAAAAAAAACAUUUUAUUUCAUCCUGAGUAAAUGUAUAGCUAAAUCGAAAAAGUGCUUGGCAUUACACACUGUAUAGUAGACAAUGCUAUGGAAACAUUAUAAUCCUGUACCAGCCUAAGCCUGACUGUAUUUCUUUAAAGUAGAGGCUAAGUUUUUAUUUAAUGUGUAUCUAUAAAAAUUAAGUUGUUCUUUCAAGUAGGUCAGUCAUUUAUAUUUCUUAAUGAACCUCUGCUGCAGACCAAUGAUACAUGCAAUACCCAGCUGAAGUGGUCUUGAGCCUGACACACUAAAUGAAUUCUUCACAUGGAGGUUUUUGUAGAGAAAAUUUCUCAGUGGUUUGGUUGGUAACCUCACAGUAAGAAAAUGGAAAGUUGCAAUGUUGUGGCAAUAACUGACAGCUAUGUGUGAAAUAACAUAGAAAGCCUGUGAUCAGGUCAGCUGCAGAGAACUAUUUUUCUCCCCAGCAAAAUCUUAAUGAACUUCAUGCAAUUUGAUGCCAGGAGCUUUCUACUGAAAAGUGGCUGGUUUGGCUUUUAUGCAGAAAUAAUUUGCCUUUACCUUUAAAUGUCAGCUGAGUGCACUGGUCAGUGCUGUUGCAAAUUUUGCUUUGUUUCACUGCAACCUAAGCAGCAGGCAUUGGAUUCUAGAGCAUACAUGCAAAUAUCUUUUUUGAAGUGAUGUUCUUCCACACUAUUUUUUACCCCUUCAGUGCAUCAUUUCUUACCGUGGGGGGCAGACAGCUUUUCGUGAGCUUUAUGACUGGAUGCUAGGCUUGCAAGAGUUUGUGAGAAGGUUAGCUUGUUUUGACUUUGUAAUUUCAGUUUUGCUUUUCUUAAAAUAAACAUUGUGUAAAGGUUCCGGCCAUAAGAUACAUAGAAGAUUAGGAUUUCUUCAAAGCAGGCUGCACGUUUGCCAAAAGUUUAUAACCAUUCUUGAGGGAAAAGCAUACAGUUUAAAUUAGCUUCAGAAUUCUGCCUGAAAGAGCAAUUGGAAAGAACCACAAUUCCACACUUUCAAUUAAUUAACAGGAGCACCCUUGUUUAGAAUAAGCAGUGGUCUCAUGGGUAACAAUCUAGAAGGAUUUGUGGGAUUCAUGCCCAUACAGAUAGACAGUAAACUGCAGUCAUCUGUUCCAUCUCUAUGUACGAAUUGUUUUAAGGCUGGGAUGGCAGCCCAGAAAUUAAAGAGAAAUUUCUUCUCAGCUUGGGGAAUCCUUGAAAAUUUCUGCAUCAGAUACUGUAUAUGCACAGGCCAAAGGUUUGUUCAGUAUAAAGACUGAUGGAUUUUUAAACACCUUGGAGAUUGGGGGAUACAGAGAAAGGAUUGGAAAGUGGAAUUUGAGUAGAAGAUCUCACUGGUAUGAUCUUUGUGAAUGGUGAGUGAAACCCAAGAGGCCCCGUUUCUUGUAUUCUUCUUGACAUAUCAUUGGUUGUGUUUGAAUGUGCAGAAACACAACCAAUCUGCGGCCAUCUAAAAAGAUGGUAAUCUUAGAAAAAUCAAACGUUACCAUUGAUUCAGUUAUUUAAUUUUGCCCAUAAUUCAAGCACAAAUUUCCCACUUUGCUUUGUUUCUUACUUUGUUUAACUAAAGCUAUUGGAUCUGUUAUUUUAAAUAAUAAAUUAUCAAAGUACUCAAUUGUGAAAUUGUGGGGAUUACAGUGAUAAUUCAGAAGUUGAUGUGUACUAAAUUCUUUCACAUAUAUACCUGAACCAAUUUAAGGCUACAUUUGAUAACUGACCAGUUAAUUAUAUGAUUUUCAUUCUUGGGUUUAUGUAAUGGAGUGUGAAUUGGAGAACUCUUAAUUGUUAUAAACCUAAUCAUUCUUUUCAUUUAAAAAAAUGUAGGGAGCUUCUUCCUCUUCAAUUAGCAGUAAAAGUCCUAACAUUGGCAUAAACCUUUUUAAUGACUGGUUUUGCCUGGCCUAAACUGAUCUACAUUCUAUCUGACAGAAUAUAUUUGGUUUAAAAUGAACUGCACAGUUCUGUUCAGCACAAUGCUAUUAACUUAGUUUCUCUGCAUCAUGAAAAUGUUGAUAGAUGUCUACAGUUUCUCAUGCAAGAGCAGAAAUUCAGUAUGACAACAGUUUGCAGUAAUGUUAUUUUGUUUUAGCAAAGCUGUACCCUGUUCUGAUUCUUUCUGCAUACUUAAAUCUGCCUUAAUACCACCUUCCCUGACAAAAUUCUGGCUGUGGAUCUCGAGCAAAUGGAGUUUCUAUCCAGGUAUUUGAGUCCAAUAUACUAGACAUUGAAGAGCACAGGAUUUAAUUUAUUUGUAUAACCACAUAUGCGUAGCAGUUUUUUAAUCAAUCCAUUUAGAUGACUCAUUUGUUUAAAUAAUUGAAUAACAAUUUUAUACCUUGUACUUAAGUACAAUGUCAGAUGGGAUUAGUGACAGUUUGAUGCUAUCCUGCUUUGCUGUAUAGCAGCCAGUGUUAGGGGUUUAUGGUGUGUUACCCAGACAUGUUCAAAAAUGACCUUGAACCCAGGAACAUGACUUUCUUUUAAUUUUGUACCGAGAAGAGGGGGUAGGAGGAAGGGAACAGAAAAAGAUAUUGGAAAUGUUUGUACAGCAAGCAUAGCAGUAAGUUGUUUCUGUGUAGAAAUGCAAAAGAAUAUUUCUGAUGAACUACAAUUUCAAACAGCUGGUGAGCAGCCUGAACUAUCUGGAUAUCUUAUUUCAUUGAAUUGCCUUUAUUUCAACCCCUUCUAGAUCUUACAGCUGGUGCUAAAUCUUUCAAAAGCAAAUCAUUUGGAUGGUUCAAAUAUUCUGGUCCAAGUUGGCACUUUACUUUCUCUCAGUACUAGAUUGUUACCAAUGUCUGACUGUAAAACAGCCCUGAUAUUUUAACCUGUGCAAAUGGAGAUAUUUCACACUUCAUUUAUCAAAUGAUUUUUCCCCACCCACAAAAAGAAAAUAUGUGGUCCUGUAUUUUCCAGAGUAAAUUGCUUCUAAAAAAAAAUUAAAUCUUUUGAAAGGGAACUCAGAAAUUGAGUCAAGGUAGGGGUGGAGGGGGAAGAGUUAGGGAGAAGAGAUGGGAAAUCCACCAAAAUUUGCAUAUUUAGGAUUAAUACAAAUAGUAGUAGUAGAUUUAUACAGACAUUGCUCACAAUGGUCAUUUAUGAUACACAUUAGCAAAGUCUUUUUGACUAGCUGAAAAAUUUCCACAAUCGAGUUCAAAUAUCUUGCAAUUUUAAGAUGCAGAAACAGUUAAGUGUAAAGCAUGCAGCAUGCAAGAUGUAAUAUAUUGGAACAAGUUCACAAAUGUGAGAUCUGAUGGUGAACCUGUAGAGGGUUUUGUGCAAAUUAAUAUUAAUGUGGUGGAAGGAUGAAUAUUGGUCCACACCUGUUGUGCUGCAUUUAAAGAGUAUUGAUUUCCCUUGUAAAAAUGUGCUGGAGAAGAGCAGUGCCCCAUAGAUUGCUCUUGAUAUCAACAAUGAGUUGCUUGGACUCCAUCUCCGGUGAUAAUUCUAUGACUUUUUAAGGCAGUACUGUUCACUGCUGUAAAUUAUUUGCAGAGAAGCAGUUGUGUUGAGUAGUUCCAGGCUGGUGUAUACAGCCAUAUAUAGCUUCCAGAUUUAAAGUGUUCAGUGCACAAUAGGGACCCUUGUCUGUUGCAAAAUCAUAUUUCAGUGUAAUGUUUUCAAGAAACAAUUCUCUUUUGUUAAGUUCCUUUGUCAAAGAUUCUGAUUUUAUUACAGAAGCAUUUAAAAUGUUUGUAAGAUAAAACAUUGCACAAAUUUAUUUUUUGUAACUAGUUGUUCAAAGCCUCCAGAAUUUUUGUCAUGAUGUGCACCCAGUAUGGGUUGCUCAGAUUUAAAGCUUUCAAUUUCUGAAUGUAACUGAAGUUAAUUGAAUUAUAAAUAAUUUUUGUUGGGUGGGUACAAGGAACUAUUACCACUGUGUACAGUUUUAAAGUUACAGCAAGUCCAUUCCAGGGUGAAAUCAGAAAGCACUUUUUCAUGCUAAGGAUAAUGAGACCUAGCAUUCUCUCCCCAAAAAGAUGUGGGUGCUAGGUUAAUUAAUUUUGAUUUUAAUGACUGAGAUCAACAGUUUAAGGACCAAGUGGUAUGGAGCAAAGAUAAAUAAUUGGAAUUUGGGUACAAAUCAGCCAUAGUUAUCUUAAAAGGACAAACUUGCUCUGGGGACUGAAUUUGCCUUCUGCUGUUGCUAUGUUUCAAAUGUGGUAUGUACCAGUUCAGGAACGGGGAAUCUUCUAUAAUAGAAGAGUCUUGACCCUGAAGCAGUGAUUUAGCUUUUUAGUUGCAUUUGUUACAACUGGAGCACUGCAUUGAAAAAUUUUUCUGGAAAUAUUUGCCUUAAGAACUGAAGAAUAUUUCUGUUGUGUCAGUGGCAGAUGACAAUGUGAGAAGCUAAGAUCUGUGCCCUGAUGUAGUAAAUCAUGAGAUGGGAAUAUUAGCAUCAUUCUGCCAAAAAUGUUCUAAAAUUUCCCAUUUGCGGAUUCCAUUUACUUUCAUAAGGUCACUUUUGAAUGUUUUGAAACUGGUGAUGUGUAAUCAGAGUGCAUAACUAAUUUAUCCCAAAUAUGUUGUGGAAAAAUCCUCAAGGCUUUUUAUAAAGUAUGCUAUAGUUCGAGGACUCUGAAGAUUUCAGUAUGAUUGAAGCUUGCUACUCCAGCUAUAAAAUGGAAUGUGUAUCAUUUACAUUGGCCAGAUUGCUGAUUUAAUAUCAUUACCUGCUACCUUGGCCCUGUUGUAAAAGUGGAAGUAAUCUGCUGUAAUCUUUAUCUUGUGUAGUGAUUGCAAAAUGGAUACUUAAAUUAUUCUCACAAUUAUAAACUUAGUAUAGAGUUUCAUUAUUGCUUCAUAAGUAAUGCAGGUCUAAGUGCACAAGAUAUUUAAAUAAAGUGA